UUAAGUGUAUGCCCCAAAAUAAAGGGGUACCCCAUUUGAACAAAUUGAAAUUUAACUUGUCGGAAAACGGGGUGAACAUAAAAUGGGAGAACAUUAAUAUUUUUUCUAAAGUUUUUCUAAACUCCUUGCUUGAUCUCAAAUUUAUAAGACCAGAAGCUGUUUAUUUAAACUUUUCCGAAGAAUCAGCUGCCUGAAGAUUCUAGCAGCAAUAACGAGGAUCGACAGAGACGUGAGGUACAAACAACCGAACAUGCAGACAAUUCUUGACAAAGAAGACGUAAUAUAACGCAAAACGAUUGUGUAGCGGUCAUGUCAUAUUCAGCAAUAUUUUUCAAAUUUAGUAGAACCAGUCUGAUUUGUUUGCGCCAAGAGUUAGACAACCUACCGUUGAACGACUCUUGCGCAACACCCUAGCAAAUACUCCUCUCCGCGAGGGGAAGAAAUUAAAUUGCCUGUUGAGAUUCUCCUGAAGACGAAAACCAUGACGAUCCUUCGCUUGGAAUGCAUGAUGGAAAGGGACAGAUAGAGCCAAAGGUUAGCUGACAGAAUAAAACAGCUAGUAGGGUCGUUGAUCUCCGAACUUGUCCGAAGAAAUUUGCGGGAAAAUACGGGCUUCCUGUAAGUUCGUACGAAAUUACCUUCCCUAAUCUGAGGAUUAACGCUGCUAGUCCAUUUCGUCCCAGUCCGCCAAACGUAGUGAAAGUGCGCGUAGUUUGUCCGGUUUAGGUUUUCCAAGUAGGUAAAGUGACGUGAUCGUAUUCGAAUGUUAGGCUAAUUACUCUUGUUUCUCCCGUCCAAGUAGAACUCAUAGUCGAAGAAGUCGAGAGUGCGUGCGUAGGAAAGUUUGUGCAAAAAGCUACAGAAGAAGCCAGACGGCAAUCUUUUCUAUUUCGCACAGCCAACGACGAACGAGAGAAGGAAGAAGGAACGAAAGCCACACGCGCGUAUUAUCGGACGAAAUUUGAACCCGGCACUGUUACGCCGCCGGAAGGAAGGACGACCCGUCUAAAAGCCGUUCCUUCAAUCACCGAAAGAUCAUCGCAACUUUUCCGGCUGAAUAAAGCAAGCAUCAGCAGCAACUAACAACCGCUGGUCAGAAACCGGCGCGGCCGAUCGAUGUGAUCGCCCAUCAUCGCCCGUCAUCGCAGCAGAACGAUCGACAGCAGCAGAAACCAACAGCAGCAGAACUGGUGAGUCGUAUCGUUCUUGCUAAUUAAGUGUGAAGGGUGGCGUCCAAGGAGGACGCCACAGUGAUUUAAGCCGUCAGAGCGCAAACGCUCGAGAAGUCGUCCACGGACGGCUAGAUUUAGGGACGCGUCCAUGAAGUGAGGUUGUGUGUCGGCCAUUACAUUUAGUUUCGCCAUUCAAGAACGCCACACACAACCCUUUGACUAAUUAGCCACCCGGGUGCAAAGCGAUUGCCGUUGAUACGCUGGAGCCGUGAGGUGACGUCACCGAAAGUUUGAGGAUUGAUGGAGAAAAGCACAGUAUGGUCAAUGAGCACAGUAGGGAGAGAGUACACGCACACAAUCAGAAGAUAGGCCUAGAAAAUUAAAAGUUAAUACAAAAAUACAAACAUGCAUAGUAAUGAAAAUCUUUCCGUCCUGUAGCGUAAAUAAAUGUUGGUUAGUGUAAACGUACUAAAAUGUUUGUAAAUUCCUAUAGUACUCCCUCAAGGUUUAGUCUCGUUUAAGUAUGGUUACGUCACUUCGUUCGGUGUAGUUUUCGUUUCGUUUCACUGUCUUCCGCUUGGCGGAAUUUGAUGAGUGGUGAAAGCUUCGCUUUCAACGUGUUUGUGCCACCUGGUGAGGAGUGGCUGCAGUUCCAGUGAUGAUAUAUUAGGUAUGGGGAGUUUCUUACCGCGAAUUAUUUUGAGGGUGAUUAGGUUUUCUGAUGAUUGCUGCUAGUUGAUAAUAGGGUCGUCUACCCGACUUUUGGAGGCUAACUUUUGAUAAGCCUGUCUGGUUCGAUCCUGAUUAAUUUCUUUUAGGUGAAGCUUCUUCAGGGACUCGCCCUAGGAAGAGUCUCAUCCGGGCAAACAAAUCUUGGCGUGCAGUCUUCCUACGGGAAGUGGCGCAUAAGCUGCACGCUUGCUAGGGAUCGACCAGGGCUGGCUACAAAUUGGCGCCCAACUGCAGGAUUUUUUCGGAAUUCUUGAAGUAUAUUUGGAGAAUAUUGUUGAAGUUAUGAUUGUUUUCGUCAUUUAUUUUCGUUCUUAUGUACAUUUUUAGUCUAGGUUCAUUUUUGUAAUUUAUGUAGUAUUUAGGGUAAUGUAACAUAAUUUGGAGACCGUUUAUUUUGGAGAAAUAUCAUCAUGCAUAUUUUUUUUGGAGAAAUUUAUUGAGGAUACAGAAAUAUUUUGGGGAUUCUAAGGAAUAUUCUUGUGAUGUUAUCGUUGUGUGGGAACAUUUAUUAGAGAUAAGGGGUUAUAUUUACCAUUUUUGUACAUUUUCUAUACUAUUUAUUAAAUUUUACAUAUUCUGAAAAACCGAAAUGGCUUCUAAGUUUCCGAGAGCCGACCACUUAACCAAUGAGGAAGUAGAUUACGAGCUCAUGAUUCGUGGUAAGGUUGAGGAAACUAAAACUGAUUCGGAAGCCAAAUACCGACUACUACGAAACCUUUUUUACGAAGAUGUGAGGGAAAAUCGGGAUUAUCCGUCGCGGUUUACUAUCGAACAAGAGUUCGAUCGCGUGUCAAGCAUAAUCGAUGUUUUGAGAGGAAAGUUGGAGAAAGGACCAGAUGAAAGGUGCAUUUCCCGAUUAAAACAUUACGCGCUUAGGGUCGCCCGAAGCAUAGCUGAGGAUCCUGGAUCCGAAGCCAUGCGUAAAGAACUGAUAAGGGAAAUUCGAAGUGUGUUGAACAGAUUUAGUGGGAAGAAGGGUUCCGAAGAUUCUCACUCAGGAGAAGUUGUCGACAAUCAGCAAAAGUCAUUGGAGUCAGGGAAUGAUGAUAGGAAAGACGAGGAGCACCGAGACGACGGACAAGAACGCGAAGACAGGUCGUCUGAUGAGCAUUCGAAGCGAUCCCUUGGAGCUAUUCCCAAAACGGCAAGUGAGGAACAACUACGGAGGGAAAACCAACUUAACGACGAGAACAGAAUGCUGAGAAUGCAAGUGGCUGAGUUGAGGCGAGAAUUGGCAGAAUUUAGACUGGCAACCCAGAUACCGGAUCCGACGAGGUUCGUCAACCCUUCCAAUCGAGGGCUUCAAGUUCCUGAGCUGAUAAGUAGGGCGGAGUUCGACAGAGAAGCGCAACCGACACCGUACAUCCGAGUCAACCAUCCAGAAACCGAACGCAGGCAGAGAGAAGAGGUACCACAACGACGAUAUAGCGGAAUUCCACAGACGAGACAGGAUGAGUUCGAUAGAGGACGAGUGAUUCGAAGAGAAUCAGUCGAACGACGGAUGGAGACAGGAAGCGACCGUUCGUACUACGAUGCACGAGACGGUCAGGAUCAAGCGCGACAGUUGAGCAGAAUGUAUGGUAUGGAGACGAGAAUAGCUGAACGGGAGGAUCCAGCUGAUAGACGGUGGAGCGACAGACCGAGUUUUUCUCAGUGGGAUAGUCGAGGUAAUCCCACCGGUGGCCUGCAUCGAAGGCAGAGUGCAGUACCCCUGCAGAGUAGCGAGGACGAAGAUGGGUAUGACGCUGAGGAGUUUCGCCCAAGACGUCGUGUGAAUCGACGAAUCGCGGAUCGCGAGAUUCAGGAUGCAGACCGGCGUAUGGAGAAAUGGCAUCUAACUUUUAGUGGCGACCCCCGCCAUCGAUCGUUGGAAGAUUUUCUCCAUAAGAUUCGUAGGCUAGCGCGAAUGGAUCGGAUCGCAGACGACAUCCUAUUGCAGCGAGUGCAUACCAUAUUACGGGGAGAUGCCUACGAUUGGUACUUGUGCUACGCUGACGAGUUCCUAGAUUGGCAGGACUUCGAGGAGAAAAUCCGUUACAUGUACGGUAACCCAAAUAAGGACCAAGGAAACCGUCAGAAAAUCUACGAGCGGAAACAACUUCGGAACGAGCCGUUUUUGACGUUCAAGACGGAGAUAGAGCGCUUAAACAAACUUCUAUCGUCACCGCUAGAUCAGGAAAGAAUUUUCGAGGUCAUCUGGGACAAUAUGCGCCCACACUACCGUUCAAAACUAGCGUGUAGAACGGUACGAGAUGUGCGAAAGCUUGAGUACUAUGCGUACCGCAUUGAUGCGAACGAUCCGGCACUCAGGCAGUGUCGAGAAGGACCGACACGUAACACGACGGGUCUACACAACAUCGAGGCUGAAGAGUCGACGGGGUUCUAUUCCGAAGCAGAAGAGGUGAACGCGUUAGGAAAAAGGUUCGAUGGUGAUCGGCGGGCAAAGGAGCAGUCCAAAUCGGUAACGCGUGCUCAACAACCCAGUGCCACGCCGGCAAUCGAACAGACAAAUGGUCCCCUUUGCUGGAAUUGCCGCCGAACGGGACAUAUUUGGCGAAACUGCAGACACGAAAAGCAGUUGUUCUGCUACAUCUGCGGAACACCCGGUAAGACGACGGUGACCUGCGAGAACCACCCACGGAUUGACCGGGACAGGAUAGGUAAUCCAUCGGGAAACUAGGUCAGGAAUGCGCAGU